AUGUCAGGUAUGGGACUCCCUCGGGUGGUCAAUGAUCCAGUGCGAAUCAUGCAACAGCCUGUCGCAACAGAUCCGUUAGAAAAUGUACUGAGUGAUGUCGAUUCAGAAGAGGCAAAGAAACGUAAACACCAAAAUGAACGUAGCAGAUCACAACCAAUUACGUCCUCUACUUAUUGGUGUGACGAAUGGGCUCGAUGUUGCUGCUGCAUAUGCUGCGUAACCAACGAUAACACGUCAUCAAACGAUUCUACUGGUUGCUGCGAUUUUAGUUGUUGUGAUUGCAGUUGCUGUGAAGGCAAUGGUUGUGACUGCAAUUGCUGUGAUUGCGAUGGAUGUGACUGCGGUAACUGUGAUUGUGGUGGAUGUGAUUGUAACUUUUAA